AUGGCCGACAACAUUCCCAGCAGCGAGGUCCUCGCCGUGCCGGCUGAGCUGUACGCGGCCGCCAGUCCCUUUCCGCCAGCCGACGCGAGCAACGCGCAGUUCUGCAGCGGUGGGGGCUGGGCGGCGGCCCUGUGGAGCCUCAGCGUCACCACCACACUGCUGCUGAUGGCGUCGGUGUUGGUCACCGCCUUCGUCACCGCAACGCUGUUCAUCUCCAGCGGCGGCGCUUUCUCUUCGAUGCCACAGCAGCCUACUAUCACGGCCAAAGACGCACCGCCGCCAUCGUACCACGGCACGCCGCCCAAAAUGCCCACUGUGCCUAGAGCAAGCUUUCCAGACGUGUUCUAUGACGCACCCUCGCAAAGCCGCCGCAAUCGCGCCUGUACCUCGACGGCGUGCGUGGAGUACGCCCGCCGACUGCUGCGCCAGAUCAACACCAGCCGCGACCCCUGCAACGACUUCUACGCGUACGUGUGCGACGACUGGGUGCGGGCGCGGCCGCUGCCUCUCGGUAGUGAGCGGCUCUCGGUGGACACUGCCCUGGUGGACGGCUACGCUGAGCUACUCGCCUCGGGACUGCGCGACAAUGCGACCAGCCGGUUCCCGCCGCUGCGCUUCCUCAUCGACAACUGCCUGCGGCCGCAGCCGAACCUCUUCCACGCCCUGCGGGCCAUGUUCAUGGAUGCAGCCCGGCUUCGACCAUGGAUGGCGCAAUCGAGCGCGCGCCGCCGUCCGUCGCCCGUCGAGGUGUCGCACAAGUUGGGCGUCGCCUACCGCGAGCUCGGCGUCGACGCCCUCUUCAGGCCCUUCGUGGUCAAAGAAGUCUCCUCAAAUGACACCCGCCGCUUCGUGGGGCUCGGCGAGCCAUCCACGGUGCUCCUGCGUGGCCCGCUCGAGCGCCGAGAGUACGAGCUGGUGCGCGUGAGCUUAGCGCCCCUGCUGGGCUUCUUCCAGAACCAGACGGACGCCGACCUCCUCCAGUUCGAGGACAGACUGGCGCUCAUGCUCGGCCGGCCGCAACUGGACGCCGCGGCGCUUGUCAAUGCCAGCAUGGUCAAGGUGUUUGACCUGCCCUCGCUGAGGAACAUCGAGUGGACUAGCUUCCUGCAGAGCGUGUUCGGCAAAGGGCUUCGUCCCAUCACGGCCCGGACGUACGUAAAGCUGGCUUCGCCUGACUACUUCCUUCGCUUGGCGCGUGGGGACCUGCUGCGCUUCUCGAGCGACCUGCUGGGCUACCUGCUCUUCCGCAUCACCAUGGCGCUGUCGCCUUUCAUCUGGAAGCGCGAGCUCCGCGAUCAGCUCGCCUCGGUGGCCUACGCGCGACACCCAGAGUUUGCGCGUGCUCUCCCGCAGAGCCACUACUGCCUGCGCCUGCUGAACCGCUUCGAGCCCAACCUGCCGCUGCACGUGUCGCGGCGCCUCGCCGAGUCUCUGCUGGGAGGUGAGAACGCCGUUGAAGACCUGGUGUCUACGCUACGCCUCGUCCUGCUCGAGUCCGUCCAGGCGCAACUGGGCCCACUGAACAGCGAGCUGCGCGCGCACCUUCGCGACAAGCUGAACGCCGUCUCGUGGGAGCCCCUGUCGCCCCGCGCUAUGGACAGCGAGUCGACGCGAGCCGAGUACGUGGACGGCGUCUACCUGAGCAACUCGCGCCUCUCCACGGCACAGUUCGUCUACACCUGGAUCCGCAAGUCGCUCGAGAAGAAGCUGAUGGCGCACAUGAGCACGCGUGCGGCUGCCGCAGGCGGCGUGGCGGCCUACCCGGGCUGGACGGGCGGCUUCCUGAGCGCCGAGAGCCAGUUGCCACCACCGUACGAGAGGCUCGAGAUCCCGCUGCCCGUUUUCGACUUCUUCCUCAACGAGGACCCGUCUCUGCGACCCUUGCAGAUGGCUAGGGCGGGCACGAAGGUGUACCGGCCCCUACUGCGUGCCGUCUACCACUGGGCCUACAACUUCGAACGCGGCAGCAACGCAUACGGAGCCGAGACGGCCCUGUCGCGUCGCAUGAACGACUUGAGGCGCUGCCUGAAACGCCAGUACUCUGCCAUGUCCUGGACCGAGCAGAGGCCGCAGCUGGACGCAUCGCGCACUUCGUGGUCUGACCUGUGGGGCAGCCUGGCGUUGCGGCCGGCACUGGACGCGUUCCUGCUGGACAGUGGUCGCGUGGCGCCUGACUAUCGGCUCGCCUUGCUCGAGCACUGGAACGCCAGUCAGCUCUUCUUCGUCUCGUACGCCGCCAACAUGUGCGAGAACGGCAACCAGCGCUUCCUGCGCAAGAUGGCCGCCCAGGGACCACACAGUCCCGCCUGGUUCCGUGUUAACGGCCCGCUGCGCAAUUCGCUGGAGUUCGCGCGUGCUUUCGGCUGCAAGGUCGGUUCGUUCAUGAACCCCGCCGACAAGUGUGCCCUAAUUCACUGA